AUGCGAGAGAGACUUGGAGAUCGGCUUCCAGAUUUCUCACAAAAAGAUAAAGAGUUGCUUAGGAUGUCAAUAGACUUUGUUGGGCUGAAUCAUUAUACAACAAGGUUUGUUGCUCAUGCAACGGCAAAUCGCAUAGGCCAUGCUUUUUAUAGAGUCCAAGAGGCUGAGAGAAUUGCUGAGUGGGAAGGAGGGGAAGUGAUCGGGGAGAAGGCAGCAUCACCUUGGCUUUUCAUUGUUCCUUGGGGAAUUCGGAAAAUUCUAAAUUACAUUGCGCAGAGAUACAACAAUCCCCCAAUAUAUGUAACUGAGAAUGGUAUGGAUGACGAAGACAAAGGGAGUUCCUCAAUCUCCGAGAUGCUAGAUGACAAAAAAAGAGUCAGUUACUUUAAGGGAUACCUUGCUGCUGUUGCCCAGGCAAUUAAGUGGGUUAUCUCACUUCGUACCAUUUUGUUGAGGGUGCAUGUUUCAUAUGUCCUUAUUUCUGUUGGAGUUGAGGGGGAUGGAACUGAUGUGAGGGGUUACUUUGCAUGGUCAUUAAUGGACAACUUUGAAUGGCAGCUAGGUUAUACCAAGCGUUUUGGUUUGAUUUAUGUGGACUACAAUAAUGGGCUUUCGCGGCACCUAAAAUCUUCUGCUUAUUGGUUCUUGCGGCUCUUAAGAGAAGAAGGGAAAUGUGGCAAAGAUGACUAG